AUGGGCUUAUGCUUCAACUAUUCCUCAAACGCCAACCUUUUUUUCCGUUUGUUUACGCCAGAACUUCUCUGGACGUCGCCAGAACUGCUUCGUGAUCCAGAAACCAUCAACAAGGGAACGCAAAAGGGAGACGUAUUUUCGUUUGCCAUCAUAAUGGCCCAACUGAUUGGCCGAGGGCCGCCAUACAAUAUGCCCGAUAUGACAGCACAACAGAUAAUUGGCAAGGUUCGAAAGCCACCACCGCUUUGCCGACCAAAGAUCAGCAUUUCAGACGUCCCGCCAGCCUAUAUGCAACUGAUCAAGCGUGCCUGGUCCGAACAACCCGAGGUGCGGCCCAGUUUUGAUGAAUUGAAUCAACAAAUCAAGGCGGCAAAUCGGGGCAAGGACAGAUUGGAGCUUUACCUAGUCUCAUUCUACGGCUCUGUUCGACUUUAG